GACUCAAAAAGAGUGGUUUCACUUUCACAUUCGGCUGCAGUAAAAAGCCUGGUUUACAGAAAUUACCCUGCUGCCUGCGUUAAAGGUGAAGCCGCACCCAGUUAAGAGCCAGGGCUGCAAAAAGAGCCAGGGCUGUGCUGGGCUUGUCCCGUGCCAGGAGCUGCGGGGCACGGAGGGAGAAGAAUUUUGGGCCUUUCCUUCCUGAUACUCUUCCUCCUGAGUUCUCAAGGGGUUCCCAUCUUCUGCUCCAUACCCUGCCAUGUGCCCCAUGGCACUGGCACUGCUGCUGUGCUGUAUCCCCUGAGCUGGGGCUCUCAGCUGCUGUGUCUGCUGGGAAGCCAAGACUGGAAGCAGCGGGAGCAUCUGCUGUGAGCCAUGGCUUCACAGGAGGACACACGAAAGGGGAAUGCAAAGGCAAAGCUCCUGGCAGAGGAAUUAGAGAAGGAGGGAUUGGAUGCUGGAUACUGGCUGCCCAAGGUGAUGCAGAACCUGGGAAUCAAGUGCAGAGAAGCCUUGCAACAUCUGGACUACAAAGAUUACCUCCAGCUGGAGUGUGAAGUACGAUAUCCCUGGGAGAAAAGGGCACUCCAGAAACUCCUGAAAAUAAGAGACAAAGUGUCCUCCAUCAAUGUGGAAUGGAUCUUCCAGGCUGAGCACCUGCAUCCCAGAUCUGCCAAAGUCACUCACCUUGAAGAGCUCAUCAAAACACUGCAGCAAAUGAAGGAGCACAUCCAUGCUGUCACCUACGCACCAGCAAGCUCUGCUUCUGCCGUUCAUGUAACAAAGAAAAAAGCCACCCUGACCAGCAGCCUCGCCAUUUAUUCCUUACUCCAGUCCCUCCAGGAACGGGUUCAGAAGGACAUGGAACUGUUGGUGCUCUUGAUUGCGAGCAGCACAGGGUACCAGGUGGAAAACAGCACUUUCCAGCACCUCCUUGGACACCCAGAAAUUCAGUGCAUGGCCAAGGAAAUGGCAGUGGCACAUGAGGAGUACGUGAACCUGAAGGAGCGAGAUGCCGACAGAGCUGAGGCCUCCCUUCAGCUGAUGGGCCUGACUGUGGCAUCAGAAAGGCAAGAGCUGUCCCCUGAGCAGAAGAGGGAGCAUUUCAAUCUCCUCCAAAAGCAUAGUGGAGUCACAGAUUGGGAGAGGCUGGAAAGGGACUUGCAUUCCUCACUCAGUUCAUGCUUGGAUGAGAAAUUGGAUGAAGAGAGGAUGCAGAACAUACUCAGAGACCUGGAAGACACUUUUCAAACACCAGAGCCCCCCAGUCAAUCCAAGUCAGACAGCAGAGAAUCCAAAUCUGAUGAAGCCAUUGCAAACCAGGAGUUCCUGCAGUUGCUCAAGCGCCUUGGACUCCAAAGUCACUAUCCAAGAAAAAUGGGGAUGGGAAAUUUCCACACCAUCUGCAAGACAUCUCUGCAGGACAGCCAGCCCAGCAAGGACACAGAACUGCCAUGUUACUUCUUGCAGAGGUUAUUAACUGUGGAUUACCAGGUGAGGUGCCUGACUUGCUGGGAUGACAGCAACCCAAGGCUUGCCCCUAUGCCAGAAACUACAGAGCAGGAGUCCUUUGAAAACUUUCUUGAUGAUUUGGAGGAAGCAGCCCCUGAAGGUGCAGUCAGGGACGGCCAUGUGCACCCCAUGGACCUGCAGAUGGCCAUUUUCCAUUGCGCUGAUGAUUUCCUCAGACAGACCCUUGCAACCAAGCUGGCCUUCUGCCAACUGGCGCUGCCCCUGCUGGUGCCCAACCCGUGCACUUCACACAUCGAGUUCCCGCUCUACGCCCUCAGCCAAAUCCAAAGGAGCUGGAAAGAGGGGGAGAAGUCAGGAAAGCAGUCUGGAGCAAAGAGUUACAACAACAAACUCAUCUUUCAGGCACAGACACCCAUCGUGUCCUUCAUCCGCAUUGGCAGCUCGGCCUCCUCUUCCAAGUCUCAGCUCCUGAACGCUCUGCUGAGCAAACGCAAACACGACACUUUCUUCCACCGCCACUGCAGAGGCAGCACCAGAGAGCGUUUGCUGAUGGAAGGGGUGGUGGAGAUCGCCUGGUACUGCCCCCGUGGAAGCCCUGAUGACACCUUUGAGUGCUGCGUGGCUUUCUGCAACCUGCAUGGAGAUGCCAGGGAUCACGGAGCACAGCUGCAGUUCCUGCAGGAGAUAUCUGCUGUCAACGUGGCUCUCGUAUCUGAGUUGGAGCACAUGGACAACAGGGGGAAAAAGCUUCUGCAAGACCUGUUGCAGUCACCACGACCAUUGAUUUGUCUCCUUGCAGAAAAGGAGAAUGUUGCAGCUAGACAAGCCAGCAAAAACAUAAAAAUAGGGAUCAAGAACAGAAACGAAGCAGAACUGAUGGACCAGCUGACUAAAAGUAUCAAGGAUCUCCUAGAAUUAGGGUCUAAUCCACAUUUCAGCCUGGAUGCCUGCGUGGACAAAGCUCGCCAGCAUGGAUUCAUAGUGGAUGCAGAUCAACCCGCAUGUGUGACAGCCAAAGCAAAGGCAAAGGAGCUGGUGGACCUUCUGAAGAAAGAGAAGCUGUCUGAGAUCAAAUCCCAGCUACUGCUGCUUCAAGGAAAACUGUGGGACCAGUGGUGCAAAAAGGACAAGGAACUCACUCGCUUGCAGGAGAAAGGGAAUAAGAGCAUUGAGCACCAUCGCAGCCAAAUCGAAUAUGAGAAGAAAGUAAUAAGAAGAAAGCAACUUGAGCAAGCUUUUCCUCUCAACUCACUGAUGAAAUCAUUCCUUGGCUUUCUCCAGGCCCAGCCAGCAGAUACCAAGAAAUAUUUCCUGCAGUGGAUGAAGGUCUUUAUGGACGAGCUGUCCUGUGGUCGCCUUGAAGAACUAAAGAGAGACUAUCACAAGUUAUGGUCCGAAAUCCGGACGGGAAAGAAAAAUCAGGAAAAAACAAUGGAGAAUGCUGAUUUGCAGAGUCAGCUGGAUUCUGUCUCUGAGGAACUCAACGAUUCAUCCGUUGGCCUGGAGCACCUUCUGAGAGAGGUAGGGCAGAUUUAUGAAGCUCUGGAAUUAAUGGAGACAAAGAAUUACAAUUUUGACAAACUGCCGGAAAUUGCAGCAGAGCUGAUGGUUUUGGGGUAUCCCAUGGAGCUCAUGGAUGGGGAUGCUUCUUACCUGCCCUUGCAAUGGGUGGGAGCAAUUUUUGACAGCUUAAUUGAGAGGCUGGGGGACAAACGAGUGUUUGUGCUCUCCGUGCUGGGCAUCCAGAGCACCGGCAAAUCCACCCUGCUGAAUGCCAUGUUUGGGCUGCAGUUCAAUGUCAGCGCAGGGAGAUGCACCCGCGGAGCCUUUAUGCAGCUCAUCCCAGUGGGCGAGGAGCUGCAGCAAGACUUGGGCUUUGAUUUUGUGCUGGUGGUUGACACAGAGGGACUUCGUGCCAUCGAGAUGGCCAAUAAACAGUCCCUGAACCAUGACAACGAGCUGGCCACCUUUGUCAUUGGUGUUGGCAACUUGACCGUGAUCAAUGUCUUUGGAGAGAAUCCAUCAGAAAUGCAAGAUGUUCUGCAGAUCGCUGUGCAGGCUUUCCUGAGGAUGAAGAAAGUCAAUCUUUCCCCAAGCUGCCUCUUUGUCCACCAAAAUGUAGGAGAAGCAACUGCCCAGGAGCAGAACAUGGAAGGACAAAGGCGUUUGCAGAAAAAGCUGGAUGAAAUGACCGUGGUAGCAGCUCAGCAGGAAUUCUGUGACAUCUCCUCCUUCAGCGAUGUCAUUGGCUUUGAUGUGAACACCCACAUUCACUACUUUGCUCACCUGUGGGAAGGAAACCCCCCAAUGGCACCACCCAACCCCAGCUACAGCCAGAACGUCCAGCAACUAAAGAGUAAAAUCCUCCAGGCUGCCCAGAAGCAGUCACAGCGAAGCAUUUUGAGGCUCUCGAGCCUGAGAGUUCGUAUUGGUGACCUCUGGAAUGCUUUGCUGAAUGAAAACUUUGUUUUCAGCUUCAAGAAUUCCCUGGAGAUUGCUGUGUACAGGAGACUGGAAAUUGCCUUUAGUCAGUGGACCUGGAAGCUGCGGAGUCACAUCUUAGACGUACAGAUGAGACUGGACAACAAAAUUCGCAAUGGGGACUUGCAGAAUGUCACCAGAGAAGAGCUUGAAGUUCUGGUGCAAGAGACAAGUGAUGCCAUUGAGAAGGAAGUGGAAAAGUAUUUCAGUGAAGACAAAGAUCAUGAGACACUGGUGCAGUGGAAAUCAAGCACAGAGCUGAAGCUGAACGAUCUAAAAGAUGCUCUUCUUCGUGAAACAAAAAAGAAAUGUGAGAAUCUCAUUGAGCUACAGAAGGAGCAGAGGAAACUGGAUGCCAGGAAGUUGGAAUAUGUAGAUGAGCUCCUGAGAAGGAGUAGGGAGCUGGCUGUGACUCUGAAAGGGAAGAGCCUCAGUGAGAGAGAACUGAAAGACAACUUUACUCUUGUCUGGAACAAGUGGAUUGCAGAAGUCUCCCGUGCUGCUCGUCCUCCAGAACGGGUGGAUAUUGAUGCGGAAAUUGAUGAUGUCCUUCUAGGGCACUUUAAGGAGCCGGGUUUCCAUGAACGGAUCAGGUCAUUUCCCAAAGGCAGAGGAUUUUCUUUCGACUUAGAGAAACAUGUCAUGAAAAAAAUGCAUUUUGGUGUCACCACUAGGAGUAUUUGUGAUGCUGAUGUGAUCAACUUAAAGGACAUCACAAACGACAUCAUAGCAGGUGUGAUAGCAAAUAUUGAUAAGAAGGAACAGGAGAAAUGUGAUUACAGUCAAAAUUUUAUCUAUGAAAUACUCAAUGAAGUCCAGGAAGGUGUGAACUCCGUCCCCAGUGAUGAAAAAUGUACUUUUAACAAAGAGUACUGCAUAGAUUUGUCUCUGUAUCUGUGCAAAAUGGCAGCAGAAAGGUUUAAAGUCAUGCACGAAGCAUUCCAAAAGGCAAAUGACCCAGUCAUGUACCUGAAGAGCAAGAGAGAAGAUUUCUUCCAAUGUUUCCAGAUUUCCUGCCAAGGAGCCACUUCGAUCACAACUUUUGCUGGUUUCCUUUGUGACAAGAUUGAACCAGCUCUUUGCCGGGCGGUCUAUGAGAGGACGGCUAAAGACAUUGCUGAGGACAUGCAGGGCAAAUUCCCAGAUUUCAGGGGCAACAGAGCCAAUCUGGAAGUUUGCAUCUUGAGAUACCUGGCAGAACAAGAAAAUUUUGAGUCUUUCAAGCAGUACCUGAAGUUUCCAAAGGAGUUUUUUCAGAGUUACAUUGAGACACGAGUGAAGAGUCACUGUUUAGAUGAGAGCAGGAGGCUGAAGAAGUUUUUAGAUUUCUCCCUUAGUCUUCUCUAUCGAAACAUCCUGUCAGCUGUUUCUUCAUCAACCCAAAUUGUCAAAGACAGAAAAGACAGAGAAGACAAAGUCUCUCUUUGGCUGGAUGAAUUUUGCAGGGAACUGACAGAGGUGAUCAGCUUGCCCAGAAGUGACCUGAAGGGCAUCGAGCACCAGGAGGUCACAGACAUUGAGUUCCUAAGCAGUGCCAUGGCAGAAGCUCUGGGUGACCUGAGGGACAGGCUCAAGAAUGAAUUUGCUGAUGCUGAUAUGAGCUCAUUUUCAACACAGCCUCACACCAUCUUAGCAGAGCACUUUUCGGGGUGCUGGGAACAGUGUCCCUUUUGUGGGGCUCUCUGCACAAACACCAUGCAGGGACAUGAUGGAGACCAUCAUCUGGUCUUCCAUCGCCCACGAGCGUUUGUGGGAGCCAAGUGGAGUGAGACGGACCACCUGGUCAUUGAUAUUUGUUCCAGCCUCGUUGCAAGUGAUCGCUUAUUCAAAGUUGGUGACAGUAAAUUGAUCCCAUACAAGAAAUACCGUGAUGCAGGACCCCGUUUUGCCACUUGGAGCAUUCUCCCUGAUUCAUCCAUGCAGGCAUACUGGAAAUGGUUUGUGUCUCAUUUCACGACAGAGCUGGAAGCUUUGUACAAUGGGAAAUUUCAGGGUAAAGGAGAAAUCCCUGAGGCCUGGCAGAGAAUUACCAAGCAGGAAGUACUGUCUGAGCUGGACAGGCGUUAGGCCACAUCCAUGGGAAGGAAGAACCACAACAGCUUUGCAGUUCAGGAGAACUUUGUACCAGGCUCUCCACAAAAUGCAUUUACAAUGAUAAUGCUCUCAAGCCCAAAGAAGGCAUUUACCAGUAUCCAGUUGCUUCCAAAUUUGGUGAAAUAAGGCACGUUACUGUGGCUGUCACUCAGCAACUCCUUUGCAUCAUGAGAAGGCCGGAAUCCCCAUGCCUUCUUGCCAUAAACAUUUCCCUCUGCUUUCUCCUAGAGCCAAACCAAACCCCCGCCUUGGGGCGAUUGGCCUCAUGGCCAAGUCUGAGCCCAAAGGCCAGUGCAAAGGCAAAGGCAGCACUCCAAGGCCCACUUGGAUCAGCUGCUGUGAGACAAGAAGGGACAGUGCCCCAAAGGCAGUUUUCCUGCAUCAAGGAGAUGUCCUGCUUGGAGAAAGGGCUGCAGGACCUGAGGACAGCUCCAUGCUGUCUGCAAGCUGGGCUGCUCGGCUUCUGGGUGUCCUCCUUCCCUCUCUCAUUGCAGCCUCCUGGAUCAACUGAGGCUGUUCUCCCAGCAGGAGCUGUUGUGCCUCCAGGCUCUGGAAAGCAGUGACACGACUGCCCUGGGGCUCAGGCAGUGCUUUCACUCCCUGUCUCGGAGGUGCUGUGUCUCUGUCCAGGGCAGCUGCUCCUGCUCAGGUGCCUGGGGCUGCUGCCCUUCCCUCCAGCACUCAGCCCUGGCAGGAGCUGCUCCUGUCCUUGGCCUUUCAGCUGAGCAAAAGCCUUUGGAAUGCCCCAAGUGGAGAUUCCUGUCUGCCAGCACCUUCUGCAGCAGACCUUGGGGCAGUGCUGGUGCUGUCCAGGCAGGCUGGUGGCACCAGAGCUGUGCUCUGGAGAAGGUGGCACCAGCUGUCUCUGCCCCAGGGAGCUGUGGGGGCUUUUGCUGUGCAGGUGCUGCAACCCUGCUGGCAAUGCAAGGGCCAAGCCCUCCUGGAGAGCUGGCUGAAGGGCUGCUUCAGCCUCAUCCCCUGCAGGCUCUGCUAAUAAAGGAGUUGGUUUGGACUGCACUGCUCUGUGUCUCCUUUGUGU